ACUCCUUCGCUCUAUUCUCACCUGUCAUUGGAUAUCAUUCAUUGCAGUAUACCAAUUCAUCACAAAGCCGCCAGAGAAACAUUACCGUCACAGUAUCCCAAGUUACAUAUCUACCCGACCUAUAUACGCCAUUCUUCUACAAUUUUCUCGUCACUUCUCCACAGAGUAUACAUGCACACGAACCAUGGACAGCAAACCUGUUAUAAGAUAUACAGUAGAUCAGCUACAGCACCUCCGGAACUCUCCGCUUGUUCGCAAGCCGGACAAGCUUCCUUCUAUCGAGCAAUGGAUGGAGAAUCAAGGUGACCAGAACCAUCGCAAGAGCCGCCCUUCAACCUCUACCGCAGAUCAUGAAAACCAACGUCCCUCGAUCCUGUCCACACGCCAGUUCGCGCGUUCAAGCGCAGGCGAGGACAUUGUCCUUGGUCCCCCCAAAUUCGCGUUCACGUCGUCCUCGGCGGUCCGUAUCGCUAAGCAAUCCGAAACGGGUGAAAAAUCAUCUGCGCAUGAAGAGGAUGGAACCAACGCAGACCGUUAUACUGGCCGAGAACGUUCGUUCAAGGAUCGUGACAACGAGCGGCCGCGUGAGAAGCAGCCAUACGCCAAUGGCCGACGGGGGCCACGUGAAGAUGUUGAGGGCUGGUCCGUCUUUCGCAAACAGAAAGUCCAUGAUCAAGAUGAGCAAGAGCGCUCGCAACGACACCUUGGUAGAGAUCGCGAUAGAAACGAGCCAGAUGAUACUUAUCCCCGAAAAAAUGGCGCCGGAAGGGGUCGUUUCGAACAGCCAUGGGGUCGUGAAGAUACAGCGCAAAAUAAAGACACAGACAAUGGCAAAUUCUCGUCCACCAAAAGCACCGGCUGGAGAGAUCGUGAACGAGAUCGUGACCGGGAACAUAUUCGAGACAAGCGUGAUGACCGCGAGUGGAAUAGAGGGCGAACUGACGAUGACCCGGAGUGGAUGGCCACUGACUCUGCUGGCGCUGAGAAGAAGCAUGGCCACACACAAGAGGAUUUCCAACGCUGGAUGAAAGAAAUGAAGAACAAGACAUCCGGACGAGACGACGUAAUGAAUGCCCCCGAAUCCGUUGAAAAACCGCUCGAAACAUCCAAGCCCACAAAGACCUCUGUCCCUCCAUCUCAGACUGCUGGCUCACUACCCCCUACCCAACUUUUUGAAGGAAGCACAGAAAAGCUAUUCGGUAUCUGGGGAGAAUCUAAACAGACCAGCGCGAAAGACGCCGAGAUUACUGCCGCCCCACGCGCAGCUGCAAACAAGUCGAAACCUUCAAGGUUUGCAUCAUUGUUCUCACCUCAGGAAGAGAAGCUCGGUGAAGAAGCUACCGUAUCACAGGGAACUCCAAUCGCUGCUGCGUCGGUGGAAUUUGCCGACGACAAAGCAGGAUUUCAACGCAUUCUACAGAUGCUAGGCAACACCACGGUGUCUCCCAGCCCGGUGCCCCCAAAGCCCCCUCUCAAUGGAAACAGACAUCGAGCUGGACUGGAUGUGGCGAAACCAAACUUUCCACCGGGUUUGGAACAACCAGCCGUACGACACGUAAGUACUCGAUCAAAGGAAGAACGAGAUGCUAUCUUGGAUUCCAUUAUUCCGAAGAAUAAGCAGUCGCCCUUUGGCAUAUCUUCGCCUUCUAACAACUCCCCAUGGGACAUCCCCCAACCGUCUACGAAGACUGAGUUCCGAGAAGCUCCUAUAAACCAAGCACCUUCUCGCAACAGCACAAACCCAGAAACUGGAGGGUUCCAGCAGCCUCUCCUUAAUAGACCAGCUGCACAGACUGACACGAGUAACCGCGAGUUCCUUCUCAAUCUCAUCAAACAGCCAAGCCGAUCCACAUCAGCACAGACUCCCCAGAAUGAUCCUGGUCAUUUGGUUCAUGACAACAAUUCACUGUUCCAUGGCGAGAGGGGCACGAAUCUUCAGAUGCCGAAGGCCAGAGGACCCAAUGCGGGCUUCUUUGACAUGAACGACAGCGAUAUGCUUCGUCGAUCUGCAGAGCUGACUCAACACGAGCAGCCUCGGAAGCCAGCACCGCGUCAACCUCCAGGCCUGUAUGACGACCCUCCAAUGUCCGCGGUUUCUCAAAGACGAAACACCAAUGACAAUCCGCCACGGCUACAAAUGAGCAAUAUGGGUAUCCCACAGCAGGCAGAACCUUAUUGGAUGAAGAAUCAAGGCAUACAGUCACCGCAAGAUCGCAUUCCUCCACCUCCCGGAUUUGGCAAUCGUAUGCACCAGCAGCAACCUGGUGGUCCUUCAUUUCCCCCGCACAUGCAGUUUCAGGGCAACAAUGCACCCCCAAUGGGCCCACCUCCGGGCUUGAAUCAGGGUUUGCCUCGUAGCAUGUACCAAAGACAAGAGCCAAUGGGACCACCACCUGGAUUUUUCCCUCCUGGUCCCAACGGUCCCCCAGGACCUGGACUCGGAGGCCCACCACCAGGCUUUCCUCACAUGAGCAUGCACCAGGACAUGAUGGGUGUUCCGCGACGACAUGCGGGCGGCCCUGGUAACUUUGACAUGUUUAACGAGAUGCAUCCUGGUCGCGGCAGGGGCGGACCACCAGGACCACCAUACAUGUGAUUCGCAAGGUCAACAUCUCAACGUCGUCCGAUUCCCGACACGGAAACAUCAAUGCGUCUGAUGUAGUACAUACUUCUCCAUGUUUUCCCUGGUCCUUUCUGGCGUUCUUUCGAGCAGUCCUGCACUACGAACAGCGAGGCGUUCCACUGUUAACGGUAUCAUUCAUCAUCAUCCUCAUCAC